AUAGUCCAAGAUGCGCUGGAGGUGGCCCGUCAAGGUCGAACAUGCAUAGUUAUUGCCCAUCGUCUGUCAACAAUUCAGGAUAGUGAUGUCAUAGUGAUGGUCCAGGAGGGAAAAGCCACCGACAAAGGCACUCAUGAACAUCUGCUGUUGAAAAACGAACUGUACCAACGGUUAUGCGAAACACAACGACUUGUUGAGUCGCAAUGA